CAGAAGAAAUAGAGAGCUAAAAAAAUUCCAGUCACUUCGGGAAAGCAGCACCGAGCAUAGCGACCGUGUGUUACAUUUGGGCAGAACAGCAAAAGUGAAACUCUAGCAGCCGACACCCUGUGUACCGCGAGUGAUUCACAAUUUUUCUUUCGGUUUAAUUGACAGUCAGGCCCGCACCCUAGUUCACGGUGUAAAACAAACAAUAGCUUCGUGACGGCAGGCAGCAGAACGAAGAAGUACGUCAUCUUCCUUUCCGCGAAAGAAAAAUAGCAAAGCGGUUGCAAUCCGGGCAGAAUAAAUCCUGAACACCGCACCACCUGUCAGGACUUCGAACCAGAAAGUGGAAAAUCCCUCGAAACUGCUGCACGCCACAAAGUGCACGAUCCUUUGCAUGGUCCUUUUUGUUUUCGGUCAAUAAGUCCCGACCCGGCAACAACCAUCCCAUCAGUGCAGAAGCAGUGUGCGAGAUUCAGCUGGAGAGCACGGAUACGUGACGAAAGAAAGCGACAUUUGCCAUCAUCGCCUGCUUGGCUCGCCGUACGAAACAAAAAGUUGUUUUCUUUUACCUUCGAAGUUGAAACUGGAGGCCCCCCCCUCUGAGGCGAGCGAAGAUUUAUUUAUGUACCGUACAAUCCGGUCUAUACCUAGGAAGUGAAAAGCUAAAAGAUAUACGCACAAAAGGACCCCGACCGACAAGCUACACUGCCAGCGUCAUAGCAACAAGAUAUUACACGGAAUUCAGGAAAACCCAGGGUACCAACGGCGGGAAAAUCCUACUAAGAUCGAAUCCAUCGAACCGUCAGCCAAUCGGGUAAAAGGCGAUUUUUAAACCAACUUCAAUCAGCCCAUCUGCAAUCAAACGUUCCGUGGUCCGCUCACGGCUCGACGAACCACCACACGCACCUAGACCUAGCGUCAAGGCAUGGCCAAGAAAACCUACGACUUGUUGUUCAAGCUGCUGCUGAUUGGAGACUCUGGCGUCGGUAAAACCUGCAUCUUGUUUCGCUUUUCCGAUGAUGCGUUCACCUCGACAUUCAUCUCCACCAUCGGCAUUGAUUUCAAGAUUAAAACAAUCGAACUGCGUGGCAAAAAGAUCAAACUACAGAUCUGGGAUACGGCCGGCCAGGAGCGGUUCCACACGAUCACGACCUCAUACUAUCGCGGCGCCAUGGGUAUCAUGCUGGUGUACGACAUAACAAACGAGAAAAGCUUCGACAAUAUAGUCAAAUGGCUGCGUAAUAUAGACGAGCAUGCCAACGAGGAUGUGGAAAAGAUGAUACUGGGAAACAAGUGCGACAUGGCAGACAAAAGGGCCGUGCGUAAGGAGCGGGGAGAAAAUAUCGCUCGAGAACACGAUAUCCGUUUUAUGGAAACCUCUGCCAAGGCAAACACUAACAUCGAGCAGGCUUUUCGCGAGCUGGCCGAAGCCAUUCUGGAUAAGACCGCCGGCAAAGAGACGACCGACAACCCAGACCGGGUGGUCGUGAAUCGAGGAUCCGGCGAAAGACUUCCCGCCUACAAAGCCUGCUGCACGUAGUGUGUGCCGGCGUCAACUCGAACCUGCCUACCGCCGAACGCUCAACUCGCUCUGUGUGGCCGGCUCCCAGUGUCCUCCGAGCUACGUCCGUCAUGAAGCGAACAUGCCCCUUACGGCUACGAGCCGACAGAUACACGCUUAUGUAGAGUGGAAACACGCGAUGCCAGUACAGACGGCCCUGUUUUUUUAAAUGUUUGUAUACGUUGGUGUACCCUCUAUUGCCCCCAAAGCUACAUGUCGCUUGUCAGUGCCGUUUGUGUUGAUUUUGUUAGGUUGUUGCAUUUUCAAUUGCGAUUAAAAAGUAAGGGAAAGGAACACGAUACGCUCGAACAGACGCGGGGAGAAACCCCUGUGCCCCGAGAAUGAAAUUAGUAGUUGUUAAAAGGGCAGUAGACAUUACAUUCAUGCAUCUUUGCAUGUGUUUUUAAUUCUAGCCUCCUAGGAAUGUUUAGUUACUUGACGAAGAGGUAUGCACGCUCAAAUAUGACGAAAAAGAAAACAAAUCAAUACUAUACACUAUCGCAUCGUUGCGUACCGCUUCCGAACCCGCACCAACACGUCUACAAAAAAACUUCGUGAAAAAAAUAUAUCAAAUUAUCAAAAAAUUAUUUUCGCAUAAUACGGAAUUAUGAUGAAAAAAGAUUUCGUUGAUGCGGUCACCAAUAGGGCCGGGAUGGUGAACCAGGCUGGUUUGCGACUGAAAAUGGAUCACUCAAGCAGUUAUAACCGCCGCCGGAAAGCUAUGUAUGCAAACUGAGCAAAACAGAGGAAGAUUUCAUUAGCAUUAUCGUUAAGGCCACUUUAAUUUCACCCCCUCUUUGAUCAUCAAAACGGCUUUUUAGUCCCAUUUGCAAUGUUUAAUUUAAGUUGCUUUAGUCGUAGGAAAAUGUAUAGGACGAAUAUUUUUGUUGUGCGGUAGGAGCUCUUGCUCUGCUGACGAAGCUAAAUGAAAAACUAAAAAUUUAACACAUUCAUGCAAGCAAUCGGCCUUCCGAAUUGGAUAUAGGGCGGUGUUGCGUUGCUGCUGCUGCUGCUACACGGUUUAAAAAAGAUUUUAGAAUAAUCAAUAGACACGCGAGCAUAACUGAAAUUCUUUAUAAAAUUAAACAUCAUCAUAGGUUACUAGCGUCCGUUUGUAGCGGUGACACGUUUCAUUUAGUGAAAUAUACAAACUAAUUUUUUAUCGGGCA